CCGGCCCUGGCGCUGCUCGGGGCCCCUGGCGGUGAGCGCGCGGGGUGCGCGCUACAAAGGAGCUGCACAGCGGAAGCGGCGCCGACUCGCCUCCAUGGCCUUCAUUCGGAAGCGGCGGCAGGAGCAGCAGCAGCUCUACUCCAAGGAGAGGUUUUCCUUGCUACUCCUUAAUCUGGAGGAAUACUACUUUGAGCAGCAUACAGCUAAUUACAUUUUUAACAAGGAUGGCAGAGAAAGAAGGAAAAUCAGGGGGUCAUUAAAAAUCUGCUCAAAAUCAGUGAUAUUUGAACCUGAUGAAAUAAGCCACCCCAUUAUUAAAAUUCCAUUGAGAGACUGCAUUAAAAUAGAAGCACCAGAGGAUAGUGAUACAAAUGAUUUCUAUGAAGGGGCCAUCCCUGGACAGAUUUCUAUUUUAUCUAAUCAGGCUUUUCUUACGAAAGAGCAAAAUGUCAUCGCACCUUUUAAAAUGGAAAGAGGUAAAACUGAAUACCUAUUUCAACUGGAUGUUGCUGGGAAAGUUGACGAUGUUCUGCAUACCCUUCACCAGCUGUACAGGGCAUCUCACCUGGACAAACUGGGGGACCAGGCUGCUAUGAUAACUGCUAUAUUGCAGUCACGCUUGGCCAGGACACCAUUUGAUAAGAACAGAUUUCAAAAUGUUUCGGAAACGUUGCAUAUGGAAUGCAAAGCUGAAAUGGUCACUCCAUUGGUGACUAAUCCAGGACUUGUAUGCAUCACUGAUGCAAACUUGUAUUUCCAGCCUCUUAAUGGCUACCCUAAGCCAGUGGUUCAGGUGAUGCUGCAUAGUGUCAGACGUAUCUAUAAAAGAAGGCACGGUCUAUUGCCGUUGGGCCUCGAAGUAUUUUGCACUGAGGACAAUCUGUGUUCAGACAUCUAUUUGAAGUUCUACAACACUCAGGACAGAGACAACGCCUAUUUCUUCGUGGCAACAUAUUUAGAGAAUCAUGUUGCAGAGCACACAGCAGAGAGUUACAUGUUACAAUGGCAACGAGGGCAUAUUUCCAACUACCAGUACCUCCUUCACCUCAACAAUCUGGCUGAUCGGAGCUGCAAUGACCUCUCCCAGUAUCCCGUGUUUCCAUGGAUCAUAGCUGAUUAUUCUAGUUCAGAGUUGGACUUGACAAAGCCAGAAACCUUUCGGGACCUCAGUAAGCCAGUAGGUGCACUAAAUAAAGAAAGGCUGGACAGACUGUUGAUACGUUAUCGGGAAAUGCCGGAACCAAAGUUUAUGUAUGGGAGCCACUACUCGUCACCAGGUUACGUUCUGUUUUAUCUUGUCAGAGUUGCACCAGAAUACAUGCUUUGCUUACAAAAUGGAAAGUUCGAUCAUCCUGACAGAAUGUUCAACAGUAUUGCAGAAACCUGGAAGAACUGUUUAGAUGGGGCAACAGACUUCAAAGAGUUGAUUCCCGAGUUCUAUGAAAAUGAUUCCAGUUUCCUACUGAAUAGUCUGAAAUUGGACUUGGGGAAGACCCAAGGAGGAAAGAUUGUUGACAAUGUAGAACUUCCCCCUUGGGCAUCAGAUGCUGACGAUUUUCUCCAGAAGAGCCAAGAUGCCUUAGAAAGCCAGUAUGUGUCAGAACAUCUCCAUGAAUGGAUUGACUUAGUGUUUGGCUACAAGCAGAAGGGAAACGAGGCCAUUGCAGCUCAGAAUGUAUUUCAUCCAUUAACCUAUGAAGGAGGAGUAGACUUGAACAGUAUUAUGGACCCAAAUGAGCGAGUAGCACUGUUGACACAAAUCCUAGAGUUUGGACAGACUCCAAAACAGUUGUUUACAAUCCCUCAUCCUCGGAGGAUUAUCCCAAAGUUCAAAAGUUUGCCUCGAGCAUCCAGCCACGAUUUUUCGAUGCCUGAGUCUCCAGUUUCUCCAGGUGAAGAAUCUUUUGAAGAUCUAACAGAAGAAAGUAUAACGCUUGCUUGGAACCACAUGACCAGAUUAAAGAUAAAUGGGCAACACAAGAUUCACAGAGGGGCAAUCACUGGAAUUGCUGUGCCUUACAGUUCCAGCCAGUCUUCUAUUUUCACUACAUCUCAAGAUUCAACCCUGAAGAUGUUUUCUGCCGAAUCAAAAAUGCUGCAGCGGAGUAUAUCCUUUUCAAACAUGGCUCUGUCAUCUUGUUUAAUCCUACCAGGUGAUACUACUGUCGUAUGUUCUUCAUGGGACAACAAUAUCUAUUUCUAUUCAAUAGCUUUUGCAAGGCGGCAGGAUACGUUAAUGGGACAUGACGAUGCUGUCAGCAAGAUCUGUUGGCACAAUGAUCGUUUAUAUUCUGCAUCUUGGGAUUCAACUGUAAAAGUGUGGCAGUGCAUUCCUGCAGACUUACUGGGCACCAAGAAGCGGUUUGAACUGCUUGCGGAAUUGGAACAUGAUGUUAGUGUAAAUACAAUCAACUUGAAUGCUGCAUAUACCCUGCUGGCAUCAGGAACAAAAGAAGGAUCCAUUAGUAUCUGGGAUGUUACUACUGCUUCUAUCUUGCAUCAACUUCCAUGCCAUUCAGGGACUGUCUCUGAUGCUGCUUUUAGUCCCGAUAGCAGGCACCUACUAAGCACAGGAGAAGAUGGCUACUUUAAAGUGACAGAUGUGCAAACUGGAAUGAUCAUCUCUUCCAUGCGCUCGGAGGAACCCCAAAGAUGUUUCAAAUGGGAUGGCAACACCGUCUUAUCAGGAAGUCAAUCAGGAGAAUUGUUGGUUUGGGAUAUUGUUGGAGGGAAGAUAGUAGAAAGAAUUGCAGGACAUACUGGUGCUGUAACAUGUAUGUGGAUGAAUGAACGAUGCAGCAGCAUAAUCACAGGAGGGGAAGACAGACAAAUCAUGUUCUGGAAACAGCAAUACUAAAAAGUGCCUUCUCACUCAAACACAUAUGGAUAUUUUAAAGAACUUUUUAAAGGACCUUUGCAAGUAGCAAUACCUGCUGAAGUUCAAAGAGCUGAGAUUGGGUCUAGCUCCAAGCUGCAAAUAUUACAAUGCUGAACUACAGUAUGCACUUGUAUUUCCUUAUGAAUGUUAUUAUUGCCUGUAAUGCUUGUCAAAUAAAGACUUAUUUUUCAGUAACCAAAGCGGUUCUAACUUGCAA